AUGAGUGAUAUUUCGCUUGAUUACGAAGGCAGUUCGCGCAGUUCCCGCUCGUCAUCUAGAGAAGUAAGUUAACUUUGCCGGCCGAAAAAGUUUCAAAAUAGAAAUUGCUAAAAUAUUUUUUGUUUUGUUUUCAGAACCAGAAAAGAACAAGUCGGAGUAAAAGUGAAGGUAAAGAUGACAAACCGAUGUGGAAAUCAAAAAGGUUCGCGAUAGUCCGUAAAUUUCAGUUUUUUUGCAACGUACUCUUUCAGAUCGUACUCAAGUGGCAGUGACAGCCGCAGCAGAAGCCCCUCUUCUUCCGGCUCAUCCAGUCCAGCGAGAAGUCCGUCUCCGAAACGGAAGAGAGAGCCGAUUCGUGCUCCGAGUCUUACCCCGCCACGAAGACGUGACUCUCCGAGAAGACGCAGCAAAUCUCCGCGUCGUCGUCGUAGUCCAUCUCCUAUCCGAGAAAGAAGACGUUCUAGAACACGAUCUCCUCCUAGAAGACGUUCUCGAACACGAUCACCUCCCAGAAGACGUUCACCAGUAGGCAGGCGACGUCUGCCAAGCCGGUCGCCGAGAAGAAUGAGGAGCUUACGAUCGCCGUCUCCAGCCAGAAAACGCUCUCCAAGAAGAUAUCAGGGGUCGGCUAGUCCUAAAUCUCCAUCCAGAAGACACGAAAGAAAUGGGUCUCCGAUGCGAAGACGUAAUGGCAGUCGGGAUAGAACUCCGCCAAGAAGAAACUACAGAAGACAGAGAUCAGGAUCCAAGUCACCUGAGAACUGGAGAGACGCUGAAGAGAAACGUAAAGAUGCAAUGUGGAUUUCAAGAAGAGAAGAGCGAGUUGGUAUUCAAGCAGAUGGGCUGAUCAGCGUGUGGGGACACUCUCCGACACAGGAAGAAAUACAUGACACGUAUAAGCUGAGAGUAGAAGCCGAUGAAAUCGAAGCAGAGAAUGAAAAGAAGGGAGAGCAGCUGAAAGAAGACAGAAGAAAGGCAAGAAAGAGAGAGAUGCGAGCGGUGAGAAACGUGUCCGAAGACGAUUCGUCGACAUCUUCCGAAUCAGAAGACAGUGGAAAGGAGGAGGAACGAAAGAAGAAGGUCAAGAAGACAAAAAAGAACAAAAAAGAAAAGAAGAAGGACAAGAAGAGCAAGAAAGCGAAAAAGGAGAAAGAAGAAAGAAGGGCCAGACGAGAGCAACGGAAGAAGGAAAGAGCUGAGAUCAAAAGAAAGAUCAACAAUCGAUCGGACACAGAAGAUGAAUGGGAAGAGAAGAAGCCCGAGAAAGUGUCCGGAACGAUUGGAACCUGGAAAGAAGGAAGUAUGUCACCUACUCCGAUCCUGCCGGAUCACAUAAAGCAGCGAGACCAGGGCAGCGCGUUCUUCGACGUAGAGAAGCCUGGAAACUACGGAAAAGAUCUUCUGAAGGGUGAGGGCGCCGGAAUGGCCGCCUACGCAGCACGUGGAGAACGUAUUCCGAGAAGAGGAGAAAUCGGACUGUCGUCAGGAGAGAUCGCCGAGUACGAAAAGGUCGGAUAUGUGAUGUCCGGAUCGAGACACAAAGCCAUGGAAGCGACGAGAUUAAGAAAAGAAAACCAGGUAAAAUCAGAAACAUUGAAUAAGUAUACAUUGUUGUUUACAGAUCCUGACGGCCGAAGAAAAACGUCUGCUAAGUGGAGUGUCGUUCGAGGCGAAGAAGAAGAAGGAGGAGGCACAGCUCGAGCAGCUCCGAAGUUUGAUCCGCAACAAGAAUAUGCGCAAUUGA